GUCCCAACUAUAUAGGCGAAAGCUGUCAGGGAAAUGUAAUGGUUUAGCUAGUCACUCACGGUGAUUACCACAGGCCACGGCCCCCAACUAUAGACAGCUCUUAGAUAUUUAUGUUGAAUAUAAUUACUACUACAUUAAAAUGAUGUCAUUAAACCCUGCGAGCACUGAUAUUGUGUAAGGACGUAAGUGCGAUUAAAUAUAUAUGGAUAGCCUUGAAACCCGGCCAUUUUUUUUGUGAGUUACCUCGCAGUAAGGCCGCGUAGAAGAGUCUGGUCGUUUCUAUCGCUGUCAUACUCUAAAUGGCUGCAAAGAAGUCUGCAUCAGACAUUCACAAUAAUGGGCCCAUCAGUUACCUGGAAGAUGUUCCUUUUAAGAUUAAUGACAAGUUCAAGUGUCCUGCCAAAGUUGGGUUUCCUAUUGGAUUUUGUCUUCCAGACUGGACCCCACUGCUCUCGGAUAUACAAUACGACUUCUCACUGGAGCGGCGAAGCGUGCAGUGGGGCGCGGACCUGGCCCUGGCGAGGAGCGCCCAGCACAAAGCACAGCAGUGCGCUGAGGCCGACGACGGCAAGGCGGGAGAAGAGGCUCAGGACGUGGAGAGCGGGGGCCCCGGGGACAGGAAUCGGCCCGGCCCUCCAGAAGGGCUGGAGCCACGCCCACCACCACCACCUGCGCUGAACCCGGUGCUGGCCGGUCUGAGCCACAAUGCCAUCCUGACUCCACUGCCUGCUCCCAGCCGGAACCCUGCCCGGCCCCCCAGCCCCACGCCCCCACCUCCCCACAGCCUCAAUCUGGCCGACUUUGAGCGCGAGGAAGACCCCUUCGACAAGCUAGAGCUCAAGACUCUGGACGACAAGGAGGAGCUACGCAGCAUCUUGCAGCAACAGUCGGCGUCCCCCCCGGAUCCCCCUGAACCACCCCAGGCUAAGUCCCACCUCGUGCACAAGCCUGAUGGGCUGGUUGGCCUCCUGGAGCUGGAUCGGGACACAGAGCGGCCCUGUAACAUCCGCUCCCUCACUUUCCCUAAGCUGAGCGAUCCCGAGAACACAGCCAGUACGCGCAAGGGGCUCCCUAAUGGCACCCCGCUGACCCUGCUGCACAGGGGUCCACAGAAAGACAUGCCCCCCAGUCACAUGCACAAUGGUGCAACCAAACAGGUUGAACCCCAGACAGCCCCAGCACCGGCCCCCACCCCCCCAGCCCUCCCAUGUGUCACCGAGCCACCCAGUGGCAAAGUGACCCCGUGUGGCUUGCUGCUCAGCCUGUCUCCCAGCGAGCGUGCCUGUGUGGAGACCUUGGUGGGCAUGGGCUAUUCCUACGAGGGUGUGCUGAAGGCCAUGCAGAGGCAGGGUCAGAAUGUGGAGCAGGUCCUGGACUACCUGUUCAUCCAUGGGCGUCUAUGUGAGCGGGGCUUUGACUCCAGCACGGUGGAGGAAUGCCUGGAGAUGUACCAGUGUUCGGAGGAGAAGGCUUUAGAGUUCCUGCAGCUGAUGACUCGCUUUGGGGAAAUGGGCUUUGAAAGGGACACCAUUAAGGAGGUGCUGCUGGUUCAUAACAACGACCAGGACAAGGCGCUGGAGGACCUCAUGGCUCGGGCAGCCGCCAGCUGAGGUUUCAUGGCACCAUCUCUCUCUUGGCCAGCCCCCCCGUCUCCUCCUCUAUUCCAGAGUUGGUGCUCAUUUGGGGCUGAACCUAGAACAGAAGACUAUUUGCCUAACCCUCCUCCCCCCACCCCAUUUUGUAGUGUUAUGGUGAGGCUACGCAACAGCGCUGGGUGUAAAUCCAGAGAGGAAGCCCCAUAACGACGUAGCGCUACGAGGGUAAGCGAGACUCCCGGCUGCGAAGCUGCCACUGCCUCCCGCCGCAGGCCCAGGCCGGGUUCCUCUGGCUGCCAGAAAACCAAACACCCGAGUGAAUGAGAGUGUGGAACACAGAGCUCAAAGUGCCCUUUCUUCCUCUGGUGUUUCACUGUCUGCUUAAAUACUCGUCUGUUUGUCAGAGAGGGCAAACACUAUUUUCUUUUCGAUUCCCUUUUGUUUAUAUUUUAGGAACUUUAUUAACAAUUAAUAAAAAUAAAAAAAACUACUGCGCACCUGGCUUUUGCUCUGGAAGGGACUGCAGACAGCACAGAAAGACCAUGUGACAGGAAAUGCAGAACUACACGUGGUACAUCAAAUAGUUGCACGAUCAGGAUGGUUCAAACAUUUGCUAAGGACACAAAACGCGCAAAUAUUUAUAAAUAUAUAUAGCUUGAUUUAUUUAAGUAUGAUAAUGCAUACUUUCAGACAGUUUCAAUAAAUAUUAAUGCUCAGAAAUGCUCAUUGGUAAAAUAUUCAAGUGGCGUCUUUAAAAUGUUAGUGUGAGAUUUGGAGAAAAGUGAACCAUUUAUUACGAUUCUGUUAUGCAACCAGCCUAAGGUGCAAUAGAGAGUAUGACUGAGUGAAGAGGCUUUAUGAUGUUGAUGGGGUGGUGCCUUUGGUAAAUUCAUCAUCUGCUGCUCUCUACUAAUCUGUUUCAAUAGCUUAACCUGUGGUAGAGGGCUUUCUGAGAAAUGACAAUGGUGGGUGUAUAAUGCCCCCUACUGGUGUGCGGAUAGACUGCUGUCGAAUAUGCCCACCAGGGCAUAAAAGAAAAGAAACUGGAGCUAAAUAUUUCUGUGGAUUUACCUUUACUUUCUGUUUCCCUGUGAUGGAAGUGUGGAAGUCUGCCUCUUUCAUUGGCCAAUUAUAGCAACAUUAACAUUUCUUUCCCUCCUAAAUACCUUAGUUUUAAAAUGAUCUCAUUGAAGGACAUCUUGAUCCUCUGGUUUGUUCUGAUGGUAAACAAUGUGUGAAUUUCAUUCACAUUUGGAAUUUUUAAUCAGUAAAACCACUGAAUAUGAAAAGUUAAUAUAUUUACUAUUUUCUUGUCAUCUACAGUUUGCUUUCUAAGGAUCUUUUAUGGUUUAUUUCAUGCAGAUUUCCUACAAUGGAGCUGUUUCUUGAACUGUGAAAUGAUGUUCCACAAAAAUUUGACACUGUUCUGUCAAUACCUUUAUUUAAAAGUUUAGUAACUUUUUUUAUGGUUUCCAAAAAUUGGAUAUAGCAAGUGACUCAUAAUUAGCAAAUAUGACCUCAGUCACAAUAUUAAAUACUGAAAGGGCUUACAUGUUCAUAGUUUCUGCUUGCUUACUCUAGAAAUUGGAAGUGGGAACAAACAGCACAAGAAUCUGAACUAAAGAUUUACCAAUGCAGCAUGCGUUUCACAUAAUAUACGUAGGGCCUACGCUCUGGUUCAUUCUAGAGCCCUGAUUCUCAAAAAUGCUGUAAAUUUAGAGAAAAGGCAUUUUCUUGUAUUGUAUUUGAUUGCAAUUUGGCCAAAAGGUGCAGCAUUGAAAUUGUGUCCAACUGAGGACCAUCCUUUGAAUUCUUUUAGGUAUGAUUUGUCCCUCUGCACACUAAACUGUUGAGGCCCUUAUAGUUUGGCUCAUUGAACUUUCCAGAGGUACAAGCAAGACCAGCCUUACAGCCAUAAAAUCAUUUAAAAAAACUGAGCAGUCAUUGCUGUUACUGAAAGAAAUUAAAAGCAGUGUUGCCAUCAAGGUGUGUUUAUACAAUAAAACUGUUCUACAAUG